AGGGCAAGAAGGAGGGAGAGGGAGACAGACAGAGGAGAGAGUGGGCGGGGAAAAUAGAGGAGACAGAGUGGUGAGGAGAGCAGCAUCUCCUCAUUGAUGCUGAGUCACAAAACAGAGAGAAAUCAGCUGCAUCCCAUGAGGCUUUGGGAAAAAUGGAGGAGCUAGAACACACCUGCCCUCAUCCCCGGACGACUCUCACCGAGCCUGCCAUCUUCGCCGCGGAGACCAGCUGCGACUGUCGAGCGCCUCACGAGAAGCUCAGCAUCACCCAGGCCUGCAGAGGCACCCCAGUGGACCGGCCGGUCAGAGUCUAUGCAGAUGGCAUCUUUGACCUGUUCCACUCGGGCCACGCUCGUGCGCUCAUGCAGGCCAAGAACCUGUUUCCUAACACCUAUCUCAUAGUAGGAGUGUGCAGCGACGAACUGACCCACAAGUACAAGGGUUUCACAGUCAUGACGGAACACGAGCGCUACGAAGCCCUGAGGCAUUGCCGCUACGUGGACGAAGUCCUGAGAGACGCACCGUGGACUCUCACGCCGGAGUUCCUCGAGAAACACAAGAUCGAUUUUGUGGCUCACGACGAUAUCCCGUACUCCUCAGCAGGAAGUGAGGACGUUUACAAACACAUCAAAGAAGCAGGGAUGUUCGUGCCCACGCAACGGACGGAGGGGAUCUCCACCUCCGACAUAAUUACUAGAAUUGUCAGAGACUACGACGUCUACGCCCGACGCAACCUGCAGCGGGGCUACACGGCUAAAGAGCUCAACGUCAGCUACAUCAAUGAGAAGAAGUAUCGGCUACAGAACCAGGUAGAUCGCAUGAAGGAAAAGGUUCGAAAUGUCGAAGAAAAGAGUAAACAUUUUGUCUACCGGGUGGAGGAGAAGAGUCACGAUCUCAUCCAGAAAUGGGAAGAAAAGUCUAGAGAAUUCAUUGGCAACUUCUUAGAACUUUUUGGGCCUGAUGGGACAUGGAAGCAAGUGUUUCAGGAGCGCAGUGGUCGGAUGCUGUCCUACGCUCUGUCUCCCAGAGAAUCGCCCUGCAACAGCCCCCCGCGUGAACUGUCCCCGCUGCGCUCCCCGUCCCCUCCGUCGCCCCCCGCCCGCUGGUACAACGCCCGGCCCUCGCCCCCCACGUCCCCCAAAGGCGCAUCGGCCUCGAUGAGCAGCAUGAGCGAAGGCGACGAAGACGAGAAGUAGAUGUGGAUUCAGACAGAAACGUUUCACUUUCAUGGUACACUGCCUGGGAACACUUCACCAAAAAAACAAAACAAACAAAAAAAAAAAACUAUAUGACAACAAAAAAAUAAAAAACACUUUUCUUCAAACAGCGGCUGGAAACAGAAUCAGGUUUCCUCAAAGACGUUGCAGAUUUGCAAUGCUGACAUUGAUCAGGGGAACUGUGGUCCAGACCUGUGGAGCUAAUAAACAAAAGCCAUCAUUCUCUGGAGAGCCAAGCAGAAAAAAAAAAAAAAAGGGCGAGAUGCGAAGAACAGAAUGUGGAUUUAUUCGAUGUAUUUAACGUCUCCGUUUUCUACAAGGACAGGAAUCCUGUGCAAUAUCAGUGAAGAGGAUUUGCUUUGGAUUGUCCACAACUAAUACAGACACUCAACCAGCCUGCUUAUAGUA